AUGACAAACUUAACCCCCUUAACACCAACCCAACUAAACACCAUCGCAUCAACCUGCCUAAACCUUCAGACCCAAGCCCAAGACCAACACUCCAAACGCCCCUUUGCCGCUCUCCUAGUCGCACCAGAUAACGAAACAAUCCUAACAACCUCCAACUCCCUUUCACACGUCCGCCACGCAGAAAGCGAAGUUGCCCGAAACGCAGCAGAUAACUAUGACUGGACAUACCUUUCAAAGUGCACGCUAGUCUCGACGUGGGAACCGUGCGCUAUGUGCGCUGGUACGAUCUACUGGGCGCAUAUUGGUCGCUUGGUUUACCUUGCUUCGGAGAAAGCGUUACAGGAUGUUAUCGGAAGUGGGAAUCCGGAGAAUCUCACGAUGGAUUUACCUUGCCGUGAGGUUUUUGGGAGGGGUCAGAGCUUUGUGGAGGUUAUUGGACCGGUUGUUGAGGGGGGUUGGGAGGGGAGGGUUGUUGAUGAUAGUCGGAGGUAUUGGGAUGUUCAUGGUACGAGAGUGUGA